CCAUCGAAGCAGUCGAGUGGUGCGACCAUCUAGUAACGCAGUUUGCGCAACAUCCUUCAGCACUUGAACGGGUAAGACUUGAAGCGCCAGCGCAACGCACCCGGUCGCGUUAUCUUCUCGUGGAUAGAAUCGUCAGCCAAAGAUAGGGGUCUCAGUAUCGUUAGUGUCCUUCAACAUCAACACGUGGAUUUUAGGGAGUUGCUCUAUCAGCGAAGCAUAAUCAACAGCAGCAGCAGCAGCAGAUCAUUGCACAUUCCUGUAUUUGACGGUCGCAUCACGUUUCCCAGGUACGGUUUUGUGCAUCACUACCACGAAGGCACUCUGCCGGGCAGAGGGGUGCAGAGAUCCAUAUCGGCACACGUUUUAUCAGUGGCCCCGCGGAUGGUGUAGGAUUAAUCGAGUUCGCUCAGCUAUCGAUAACACCGAGCACGGCACACGGGCACAUCGGAGGGGUCGUGAUCGUGGACAUCGUCGUCGUCGUCGCCAAUCGUCAUUUGCUUCGGUUUUUUUUCGAUUUCGAACCGGCAUAGCAGAAGUAGCCAGAGUUGCGAGCAGCGAACGGUGCAGGCGGAUAGAUAACGGUGCGGCAUUUUACCGACAGUCGCGAUUUAGGUGAAGCGCUCGGGUUGUAGUCAGGCUCUCCCACCGAGGCUCCUUACUGCUCCGGCUCAGUCGCUGUAGGAACGGCGUUGCUACGGUAUAGUAGUCGGGUUCACGGGAAUAGUAGGCGCGCCAUCAAGAUGUUCAUCUCGACCGGAUAUACGACGAUAGCGGUGGUGCUGUUGAUUGCCGUGAUUACCCAAGUGUCGGCCGCCAUUAAUGGCCAGGUGUUUGCGAAUAGUAAACAGGAAAACAAUAUCCGGUUACUGCGAUCGGAGAUAUGCGGUUCCAACUCAUCGUUACGCAGUAUCUCCAUUAAAUCGCUCACCGAUGAGCACAGUGAACGUACGGUGGAGGACGCACUGUGCACCGGAACGCAGCAGAGUAGCAACACGAGCGAACCUGUGUUGCUUUGGAUUCCGGUCGCCAACUUUGGUGAAGGGAAGGCACCAUCGUCAACCCGUUAUCUAGGCAAGGGCCAUGGUGAUGAGGAUUUUGCCGAAUUCUGCAGCUAUGACGUAACGGCGAAGGUCUGCACAACCGCCAACGGUAUUGUGGAUGGAUUGAUUCUGCUGCUCGCGGACAAGUAUCCGGAGCGGUACGAGUUGCGGGAUUUAGUGUUUAAAAAAUGGACCAACAGCACACGGCUCGGGUCGCCACUGUUGGCGUACGGUUCGCUGAAGAACCGUGAACCGAGCUAUCGUUACAUCGAUCAAGACAUCUCCUAUCUGGCCGACACGCGGCUUGAGUACAUCCUGCCGCCAAGCGUAACCCGCGGUGUAACGGUGUCCGUGUUCCGGGGCCAAACCGAAGCGUACAGGCUACUUGCCGGUGAAACGCACUACAGCCGCCAAUUCCAGACCCUGAAUGCCAUCCGGUACCUCAGCCCUUACAGUGUCGUCAAUGUCUCAGUCAUCGGAACCGAGAGCCGUAAUUACCGCGAGUUCCGCGGUAAACUGGUGACGGUAUACAGCGAUGAGGAGGGCUAUGGAUGGGCCAAAUCCGUUUCGUCUAUCGAUGGUGCGACAAUCGAAACGAAGCUAACGGAAGCACACAUCGAAUAUGCACCACCAGCGGCCGAAGGUCAGGGUGCGCCCCAACUGCGACCACCACAGCAACCAGACGGGAACAGACCGUCCAGCUCACCCUCCUCCAAACCGAUCCAAGUCAAACCGGACAAUAUUCACAUACACAUCAACGAGCUAGACAUGGGACAAGCGUACCCGGGUUUCCGCAAUGUGGCCAUCUGUGCGGCCAUUCUGUUCUUCUCCGUGCUUGGCGUUGCGCUGAUCGACAUAAUUCGCCGAACCUUGAUCAAUCGUCGCGCCAAACGGUUGGGAAUCGGCAAGUAUAGCCGUGUGUAGAGGACAGCGGACAGUGCCGUGGCCACCGGGUGCAGAAAAGUCCGGGGGGGGGGGGGGGGGGGGGGGGCGGGGCGUACAGUGAAUAGUCAGGAGAUUAUUUAAAAUCUGUAGAAGCGUUUCGCGCCCCCGUUUUAUUACCGCACAUUCCUCCUCCUGCAGCAUUAUGCAGCGCAAGUAUUAGCUUAGUAGGCUUCGCGACUCGCGGGGAACAUGUUAUUUAAAAACCGAAAAAAGUGGGAUUAAAAUCAUAAAACACUAACUAACAGAA